GAGAUAAACUUGCUUAAUUAUACCACUUUUGUGUUUAUUUUUCUUUCCUUUUCCAUGUUACAUUUCCGAGCCCAUGAUUCUAACCUAGUUUCUUUCAUGAUUUUGAAAUAUAAGAAAAUAUAAGUUUUUUUUUGUAAACUACCAAGAAAGUGUAAGUUUGGUAAAAAGACAUUUUAUUUUUGCGUGUGAAGUCUAAAGAGUAGUAAUGGGUGGUCGUAAACCAUGUUGUGAUGAGGUUGGAUUGAGAAAGGGGCCAUGGACAGCGGACGAAGAUGGGAAACUAGUUGAUUUCUUAAGGACACGUGGAGGAAGCGGUGGAUGGUGCUGGAGAGAUGUGCCAAAGCUGGCGGGGCUAAGGCGGUGCGGCAAAAGUUGCCGUCUCCGGUGGACUAAUUAUCUGCGGCCAGAUCUCAAGAGAGGUCUUUUUAGUGAAGAGGAAAUUCAACUAGUCAUUGAUCUUCAUGCGCAACUUGGCAAUAGAUGGUCGAAGAUUGCAGCAGAACUACCGGGAAGAACAGAUAACGAUAUAAAAAAUUAUUGGAACACUCAUAUAAAGAGGAAGCUCAUAAGAAUGGGUAUUGAUCCAAACACACAUCAUCCGUUUGACCAACAGAAAGUCAACCGCGAGAAGGAGGAGACGACAUUGGUCAACGGUGGAAACCCUCGGGACGAGACAGAGGUACCAGUGGGUUUGCAGAAUGACACGUCUGCAGGAAAUCUAAACCACUUAGCUGACGUGGACGGUGACAGUAUUCAACCGUGGAGCUUUUUAAUGGAGAAUGACGGAGGAGGAUGCUCCUCCGCGGGAGAGCUGACCAUGCUAUUGUCCGGCGACAUUACGUCAUCAUGUUCGUCAUCGUCAUCACUGUGGUUGAAGUAUGGAGAGUUUGGAUACGAAGAUUUCGAACUUGGAUGUUUCGACGACUAGAGUGAGAAUAAAAUACAUGCUAGCUUGGUUAUGUUUAGGUUCAUUUUACUUAAUUCUAUACACAUACGUGGAUUAAUGUUGUUGGACCAAUUACUUAUAAGUUAUAACGAAUAACAUCAUCAAGAGCUAGUAUUUUGUAUUUUCUGAUUAAUAAUAAACGUUAUUUACGUCAC